AUGCGCUCCUCCGCCUUCGCGGCUAUAGUCCUCCUCGCCGGCGCUAUGGCCCCAACCAUUGCUCACCCCAUCGACUAUUUGUAUACUCGCUCGCCCGAAGAUUUGUCUUAUUAUGGACUUGCUGCUCGCGGCGACUCGGAGUUGCUGGCACGCAACCCUAAGCAGGAGGCGCCGAAACAGGCUUGGCAGCCAGCCCGGCCCCCCAGUCCUUAUCCCUGGCCCGCGUCCAAGCUCAAGAAGUCCAAGCCAAAGCCAAAGCCAAAGUCAAAGUCCAAGCCCGUGAAACGCCCGCAGCCAUCUCGGAGGUCCGCGCUGGGUACGGUUGAAGAAUAUACUGAGCGCAGGAGCUUUGACUUCGAUGAUGCGGAGUUGCUGGCGAGAAUGGAGUUGGACGAAUGGGAUGAGCUGGAUUGA